CACACACACACACACGCGCGCAGAGAGCACAUUUCCCUGAGUUACGCAAUAGUCAUUGGCAAUCUGAAGUUUUUCUCUGCAGCAGAGCGAGCGAGAGAGACGAGUAUUACAGACUAAGGACACAAUGAAUCUUCUAGGAUCUCCUCACUGCCUCCUCGCUCUUUCCACACUUCUCACCACACUGGCUUCCUCUGCUCUAGCUGGCAAAAUUCUUGUUUUCCCUGUAGACGGAAGUCACUGGAUAAACAUGGACCUGCUGAUUAAAGACUUACAUCACCGGGGUCACGAGGUCAGCGUGGUGAGGACCUCCACCAGCUGGUACGUCAAGGAGGACUCGCCCCACUACAAAUCCAUAACCGUCACCCUACCAGAACCCAUCAGCAUCGAGGACCAAGAUUUCUUCGUCUCCUUCCUGAAUAAGAUGCUGAAGAUCCAGAAAUCAGGAGGCUCGCCGCUGGCCACCAUGCAGUUCUACUGGCAAAUGUUGACGGCGCUCUCUGAAAUACAUAAGGAGGCAAGUCAGCUGGUGGUGGAGAUGUUUGAAAACCCUGUACUUAUGCAACAGCUCUUUGAAGCAUGUUAUGACGUAGCUCUUAUAGAUCCAGGUUUACCUGCCGGGGUUUUGGUGGCUCAUAAACUUGGACUACCCACAGUGUUCAACGUGAGAUGGAUCACCAGCGGAGAAGCGCACUCGGUUGUCGCAUCCUCGCCGGCUUCGUACGUCCCAGCGUCCGGGAGCGCUCUUCCCAACCGCAUGUCCUUCAUUGAGAGGGUCAAGAACAUGCUUUAUUAUGUACUGAACACAUGCAUAGACCAAUUCACCGUAUUCCCAGUUUAUCAGGAGUUAGUAGCACAUUACUUUGGCCCUGAGACCAGUUUCAAGCACCUGCUGCAGGCCACGGACAUCUGGCUCAUCCGAUCAGAUUUCGUCUUCGAGUUCCCACGUCCGACAAUGCCCAACUUCGUGCACAUCGGAGGCUUCCAAUGCAAACCCUCCAAGCCUUUACCUGCAGACCUUGAGGAGUUCGUGCAGGGGUCGGGAGAACACGGAGUGAUCGUGAUGUCGCUGGGGACGCUUGUGAAAGGUCUACCGACCGAAAUCACCUCGGAGAUCGCUGCUGGUUUUGCACGGCUCCCCCAGCGAGUGAUUUGGAGGCACCUGGGUGAGCGUCCUCAAAAUCUGGGCAACAAUACACGUCUGGUUGAAUGGCUGCCUCAGAACGACCUUCUUGGUCAUCCUAAAACACGGGCGUUCGUCGCCCACGGCGGAGCCAACGGGGUUUAUGAAUCUAUAUAUCACGGCGUUCCGGUGGUCGGGCUUCCGCUUCUAUUUGACCAGUUUGAGAAUUUAUUGCGUCUCGAGAUGCGAGGGGCUGCUAAAGCGCUUGAGGUCACUAAACUGGACAGCCAGAGUUUUUAUACAGCACUGCAAGACGUGUUGCAUCGUCCGUCGUACAAAGACAACAUGAAGCGGCUCUCUAGGAUACACCACGACAAGCCUGCGCAUCCCAGAGACAGCGCCAUCUAUUGGAUAGAGUUCGUGAUGAGGCAUAAAGGGGCGGCACAUUUACGGACAGAGUCUUAUAAGAUGCCGUGGUACUCGUAUCACUCGCUUGACGUAUUGGCAUUUUUGCUGCUGCUGCUGGUGCUGACUGUAGCGGGCGCUGUGAUUUUCACAACACGCCUCCUGUGUGUCAGAUUGUGCAGGACACAAAAAUCUAAACUCGAGUAGUGCGUGAACAACAACAAAAUACAAUCAAUAAUAUUCUAGUGCUAUGAUCAUGAAAAAACCCGGGGUAAAUAGUAUGCUUGUAUGCUGACCUAAUUCUAUUAUGUUUUAUGUUGUUGUGUGCGUGUAAGAGUAUGUCAUGUUUUGUCGAAACAGAAAACAUUAAACAUUGUUAUCUAGUCAAAUGAAAAUGUUUGUGAAG